GGUACAGACUGCUGUUAAAAAUGAAUUUGAGGCGGAAUGAAAGUGUCCUGGAUUAACUUCAAAUAAACUUCUUAUCCGCUGCUGUUUCAGAUAAAGACUCUAUCAUGCUACACGCUGAUGAUGGCUGUACAGCAGCAGAGGAUGGCGGUGAGACAGACCAGCACCAGCCUCUCAUUCUGGAAAGAGUCAAGAAAGAAGCCGACAAAAACUGGAAAACCGUUGUGUCCGAUCGGUUAAAGAAACACUGCACGUGUACGGCACAAAAAGCCAAAUCCAAAAUACUUGGCUUUGUUCCCAUUCUGUCAUGGCUUCCACGCUACCAGUGCAGGGACUGGAUUUUAGGUGAUGCCAUGUCUGGACUGAUUGUGGGGAUUCUGUUGGUCCCGCAGUCCAUCGCCUACUCUUUAUUGGCCGGCCAGGAUCCAAUAUAUGGCCUCUACACCUCUUUCUUUGCCUCCAUCAUCUAUGCCAUAUUGGGCUCUUCCAGACACAUCUCGGUGGGGAUUUUCGGAGUGCUGUGCUUGCUUGUGGGGCAGGUUGUGGACAGAGAGCUGGCUGUGGCCGGAUACCUCGCAGAAAGGAGCAGCGUUGGUAUCGGUAACUUCAGUGAGAUGUCAGACCAGGGGAACAGCAGCGUGGAGAUACAAUGUGACAAGAGCUGCUAUGCAAUCACAGUGGGAGCAACCGUGACAUUUACUGCAGGAGUUUACCAGGUGCUCAUGGGGCUGCUGCAGGUCGGCUUUGUUUCGGUCUACCUCUCCGACUCCCUCCUGAGCGGCUUCGCUACGGGAGCCUCCCUGACGAUCCUCACGUCUCAGGUGAAGUACCUGCUGGGCCUGAAGAUUCCCAGGCCCCAGGGUUGGUUCACCCUCUUCAAGACGUGGUACAGCCUGUUCAACAACAUCGGGAAGACCAACAUAUGCGACCUGGUCACCAGCUUGGUGUGUUUGGCAGUACUGAUACCAGCAAAGGAGAUCAACAAUCGCUUCAAGGCCAAACUCAAGGCUCCAAUCCCCUUUGAACUGUUCGUGGUGAUAAUUGCCACUGUUGCAUCUCACUUCGGCCGGUUCAACACGGAGUACGGUUCGGGCGUGGCCGGCGACAUCCCCACGGGCUUCCUCCCGCCUCAGCUGCCUUCGUGGUCUCUGAUCCCCAACGUGGCGGUGGACGCCUUCUCCAUCGCCAUUGUGGGCUUCGCCAUCACCGUCUCGCUGUCGGAGAUGUUCGCCAAGAAGCACGGCUACACGGUGGACGCCAACCAGGAGAUGUACGCCAUCGGCUUCUGCAACAUCCUGCCGUCGUUCUUCCGCUGCUUCACCACCAGCGCCGCUCUGACCAAGACCCUGGUCAAGGAGUCCACGGGCUGCCAGACCCAGGUGUCCGGGCUGGUCAGCGGGCUCGUCCUGCUGCUGGUGCUGCUGGUCAUCGCGCCGCUCUUCUACUCUCUUCAAAAAUGCGUUUUGGCCGUCAUCAUUGUGGUGAACCUCCGCGGCGCGCUCCAGAAGUUCGCCGACAUUCCAAAGAUGUGGCGUUCGAACCGCGUGGACGCCUCCAUCUGGCUGAUCACGAUGGCCACCUCAGCCCUGGUCAACACGGAGCUGGGCCUCCUGGUGGGGGUGUUGGUGUCGGCCUACUGCGUCCUGGGCCGGACCCAGAGGGUCCAGGUGGUGGAGCUGGGCAGAGCCGGGGACAGGGAGCACUAUGAGGACCUGUCAUCUUACCACGGCCUUCAGAGGCAUCCAGGAGUGGCCGUUUUCAAAUACCAGGCUCCCAUCUACUACGCCAACCAGAGCCUGUUCAAAAAAUCUCUCUACAAGAGCGUGGGGCUCAACCCGGUGAAGGAGAAGGCCAGACGAAUAAAGUUCAAGAAGAAGCAGCAGCAAGAGGCCGCUGGGAAGUCGGAGGAGAAAGAGGACGCGUCCAGAGAGAACGACGUGGAAGCUGCUGCUGCUUCAGUCACCUUGAUGCACGAUAAGACGUCGUCGCGGAGUUUUCACAGCUUAGUGAUGGACUGCGGCGCCGUUCUGUUUCUGGACACUGCCGGAGUGAACGCUCUGAAGGAGAUCCACAAAGAUUACGGCGAGCUGGGGGUCAAGGUCUUCCUGGCUCGGUGUAACCCCUCCGUGCUGGACACGCUGGAAAGAGGAGGUUACUACCCCGACGGCAAGGGGGGGAACGUCGGGGAGAACAAAAUGGUGUUCUUCACCAUUCCUGACGCCGUCCGCUAUGCCCAGAGCCUCGGCGCUCCCAACGGAAAUCCCGACAGCAGAUGCUAAAAGCAGAAUACGCAGGAUCUGUACAUAUAUUUUACACACUGCAUAAACUCUCUGUUACCUGUUAUGUGCCUUUUAAUGCUGGGAUGGUUAUCGAGGUUUCUCCUGUUGCAAUCAUCUGUCUUCCAUUAGGCUUUAUUCCUCACGCUGGAAGCUUGAAUCACGUUACUACGGAGUGCACUACACGCUCAGGGUUAAGUCUCGGUUUAAACAGCCCUCGGUCCGAGCGAGGUGUAGCGGCGACGCCUCGGCGCAGGACUCCCGCGGUGCGCUGGAGAGCGGGAGACGUGUGAACGAGCUGUGAAUGUUCGCUGCUCGGGUGUGUUUGCGGGGUUUUCUCAGGGUUCUUCAGCUUCCUUCCACAAUCAGAAGACAGUUGAGUGGGAUAAAGUGAAGCGCUAACCCAGAAAUCUUUAUUUUUAACGAAGUGCCUACACGAUAUUCAGCGAGUUCCUUUAACCAAAACAUGAAGCAGUUACAAAGAAGAAAACUGGAGAUUACUGUUAAGAAAAUGAUGCUAACGGCCCUUCAGUCUCAAUACAUUGGUGUUGAUCUGCCAAAGCCACAUUUUCCUGUUGUGUCUUGUUUUUUUAAUUAAUCAUAUUUUGUUUCUGGAACAAUCAUCUCAGUUGUUAUUUGAUUUUAAAGGUUCACUGGGUUUUCUCUCUGUUACUUUUGAUAAAUUAUUUUCUUUGUUCUCUAUAUUUGCCAAAGUUGAAAACCUUCCGCACCAAAGCUUUUUGAUUUUCCCCUUCACAAAACUAUUACACCGAUGUUCUAAAAGGUGAUGGAUGGUGCAAACCUCACGGUGAAGUAAACGCAGUCUUUAAUGAGUGCCACUUGAGAUUUAUAUUAAGAGUUUAGUGUUACAAUCAAACCUCUCGGCUGAAUGUCCGGCUGUUACUGUGAUGUUAUUUAAACAUUUAAACUCCACUGUAGUGAGCACAAAUAAAGUCGAGAGUUAUUACACGUCCCCUUUCAGAACAACGCGCGUUUCAAGGAUCACUGACAUUGAAAUGAGGCUUUUGAUCACGGGCUGUAGUCUGAAAUGUUAAUAAUAAAUACGUAGAGCACAACGUGACACUUUAAAGGGGAGAAAAUCAACAAGGGACUGUCGCUUUCUUAUGUAGCACUUGUUUUAAUCUCCAGUAACUUUUUAUUGUUCUGUAUUAAAAUCAAAAGCGUACCGAAGUGUAUGAUUCUUUUUUGUUUGAUUGUUUAAUGUGUUUAUCUGCUUUUAUUCUGAAAAUAAUAGGCAACUGAUUCAUAGCC